UUUUUUCCUGGAUUAUCUUUUUUCAAAAAAAUAUAUUAAAUAAUAUCUCUUUUAGGGAAAUAUUUUUUAGAAUGAUUCUGACGUAACUCCAAAUAGCGAUAUUUAAACAAAUCUCGCUACUUGGAAUAGCGAGAUUUACUUUUGACUAAAGGGCUUGUGCUGACGUGUGGCAAAUCUCACUACUUGGAGUAGCGAGAUUUUCUUGGGAUACUUAUUACUCUGCCAACCGCCUUUUGAUGCGUGGUAAAUCUCGCUACUCCAAGUAGUGAGAUUUGUUUCAGACUAACCUCACCCGUUCUUCCUCCUUCCUUGUGCGAACAGACAGUACCUUUGUUGCAGAGCCGAGCGUAGGUUACCGUUGAAGGAGAUUCCGGAGCGCUCAGGUGACCGUUGCGGGCUUCAAAUCGAGAGCUAUAUAAGAAGGAGAUGGGGUAAGUUAUGUUUUCUAUGUUCGGUGCAUAGAUUUUUAAAUUAUUUUUAUUUCAUCCAAAGCUUUGAUAAGAGGAGAGACAGAGUUUGUGAUUUGUGUUGAAAGAUUCGUGGAUAAACACUUUUCUUAAGGUUUGUAUUUCAUUUUUUUGGUAUUUGAAUUUAAUUUUUUACCGAGAAUAUUUAAUUUUUUCCAUUCAAACUAUUGUUCAAUAUUUAUUUUUUGGAUUGUUGUUUCAUUGUAAAAUGCAUUAUCUUUCCUGCCUUAGAAUUUGUUGAAGUUUCCUCCACUCACUAAAUUUGUUGAAUUUCCUUCUACUCUUUUUAAUAUAAUUGUGCAAUUAUAAUUAGAUCAUAUGGUUUACCUUCAAAAGAUCGAUGGGAAAUUUUGUUAUUCAAUCAUUGAAUUUCCUUUUGCUGUUUUUGAUAUAAUUGGGCACAUCCACUAAAGUUUUUCAAGAACAUAUAAAGUGGCCAUAUUCAAUUGGAUUGUCAUCUUGUGACCGCGUUGGUGGAGCGAUGGAGGCCAGAGACACACACUUUCCACUUGUCACACAGGGAGGCGACUAUCACAUUACAAGAUGUCGCGGUAUUGUUCGGGCUUCCGAUUGAUGGGUUGCCCGUCACUGGUCGUACAGCUGGACCAGUACAGGAUGGAGGCGCCGGUCAGGGGGGAGGACUUCGCCGCAUGUGCGAUAGAUUGUUAGGAGUGGAGCCUCCAAAUGGUGAGCUUCUUGGUGCCCGCAUUUGCAUGCGGUUUCUAGAGGGGGAGAUGUUUCUCCAGCUUCCGGUUGAUGCCGAUGAUCACACUAUAGCGUGUCACGCACGUGCCCAUAUGCUGCGAUUGAUAUGUGGGACGCUAUUCUCCGACCUAUCAGGGAGUUACGCACACUUGAUGUUCCUUCCGCUGCUCGCGGAGCGAGCAGAGAUACGCCAUUAUAGUUGGGGUUCUGAGACGUUAGCCUGGCUGUACCGGGAGAUGUGCCGCGCCGCAGACGUUUCGUACUCACAGAUUGGAUGAGCACUCCGCUUAUUGUAGGUUUGGGCGUGGGAGAGAUUCACGUCGUUAGAUCCUACGCGCCGCGGUCUCCAGCAUCUUAUUCAGAGGGAUGAGGACAGACAGCCGAUUGACCCAGCUCCACUCGCGUGGAGGUAGAGGGAUCAGUUGUUGGCACCUAAUGUUGCGCAACACACGCUGCCCUGGUACAGAUUUGAGCUGGACAUGCACCGGGAGCACGAGUUGGGUCGGACCACUGGGUUGCCCGAGUGCCACUCAUAUGUUUUCAUAUUGUCGAGUGACAUCUCCUAGACCGAGUGAUGCGCCAGUUUGGCUUUCGACAGGGCAUCCCUAGCCGCUUCUAUACUUCGGGGGUCGAUGUACGUAGGGAGGACUUGUACGAGAUUGAUGGUCGCGAUCGGGGGAACACGGAUUGGGCUGCGGAGCACGCGAUGUACGUGACUAUGUGGGGACAUAGGUGGGAGUACAUCGUGGAGGGAGUGCGGGCAGACUGCCCGAUGGGUCCGAACGAUCCAUAUUACACGUGGUACAAGUCGAUCACACGUCGCUUUGUAGAUAGGACUGCGGCGGUCUACAUGAGCCUCAUACACUUACUCAAACAUAUACCUAAUUUUUUACCGUUUACAUUAGCAGUUCAAUGUUGUAACCACUAUUUUCGUAUGCUGCAGGCUGACAUAUUACACCAGGUCGACUCGCUAUCAUCAAACCCCGCUGUGAGCGAUUUAGCGAGAGCUGGUUUGGACAUUGUCUAUGAGGACAAGCGACGGAUCCCUACCCCACGCCGGCCCCCUGCCCCACGAGGUGGUCGAGCAGCUCUAGUACAAGGGGGUCGAGCAACUACCUCCAGCCGUCCAUCGAGUCCGGCCUUAUCACCGCCCAUUGUAUAUGAGGAGUAUGUGUUUGGGCUGUCCGCAUCAUAUGCCCCAUCGACAGCUGCUGAUUUUGCGGGACCCUCCAGUAGACCGGAGGAUUAUCGAUCUGACUCUGCUGCGACGCCGUCGAUGUCGUACUUACUAGAUGACCCUCUCGAUGCGGAGGAGGUAGAUGCACCCGGGUUGCCAGCUCGGACUCGUCCAGGGACUACAUACGAUAUAACUCCCCGUCCGCUUCACCUAGAGAUAGAUUAUCCAGUACGUAUGGGCGGAGAUGAUAGACAUGCAGCCCCUCGACGUGACCGGACGCCAGACGCAGAUGAGCAGCCAGGUGAGGGCAAUCGCAGACGGCAGCCACCUCGACACCGGAGACGACCUCCAUGCGGUACCGAGUAGGUGAUAUAUGUAUUUUUUAAUUAGUUCAUACUUUCAUUUGUACAUCAGAUAUAUGUUUACAACUUCAUUUGUACAUAAUGUAUUUCUUCAUUAUUCAUAAUGUAAUUUUCUUAAUUCUAAAUCUAUAGAGCAGUACUAGGUAAAGUGCCAAGCAGGUAGAAAUUAGUGUAGUAAUUGGAUAUGUUGAAUGUAUACGAAUCUCGUGAAUGUAACGUUGUGAACAUACUGGCAUCAAUUAUAUUUGAA